CUCACCCCUAAGUCUAAACCCGACUCAAAUAAAUCCCCUCGCACCCCCCCCUUCAACCAUCAGUACUACUAUAUCGGUAUAUCCUCCAACCACCAUAGCUCCUCAACCAUGUCGUUAGUAGCAAUAUUAGUGACGAUACUGCAAUUAGCUCUAUGCAGCAUCGCCAUCGCCACCAACUCGUUCCCUGACUUUCAACUCUUGAACGUGAAUGAAACACUCACAGGGACGAAAAUGUUUAUGCCCCUCGGAUUAUCAGAAACCGAUGAUCAUCGAGGGAAAUGGAACCUGAAACUUGUCCAUCGAGACAAGUUAUUAUCUCCAAACGAUUCCUUAUCUACUUUGCACAACCAUGGCCGCCGUUUUCAUGCACGUAUGCAGAGGGACGUUAAAAGGGUGGCGAGCCUCCUCCGCCGUCUCCCCGGAAAAGGAACCCACGACGGUGACGCGGCUUACCAGGUGAACGAUUUUGGGUCGGAUGUCGUUUCGGGAAUGGACCAAGGGAGUGGCGAGUAUUUCGUGAGAAUCGGCGUUGGUAGCCCACCGAGGAGUCAGUAUAUGGUUAUUGAUUCGGGUAGUGAUAUUGUUUGGGUCCAGUGUCAGCCUUGCAACCAAUGCUAUCGACAAUCCGACCCAGUUUUCGACCCGGCUAACUCCGCUUCUUUCUCCGGCGUCUCUUGUGGCUCUUCCGUUUGUGACCGGAUUGAUAAUUCGGGUUGCAAUGCGGGUCGGUAUUGUCGGUACGAAGUUAUGUAUGGUGACGGGUCUUACACGAAAGGAACCCUGGCGCUUGAAACGCUCACUUUUGGUCGAACGGUAGUUAAAAACGUGGCCAUCGGGUGCGGGCAUGUUAACCGGGGCAUGUUCAUCGGGGCAGCCGGGUUGUUGGGCCUUGGAGGUGGAUCCAUGUCACUUGUGGGUCAAUUGGGUGGCCAAACAGGUGGUGCAUUUAGCUACUGUUUGGUGAGCCGGGGCACUGACGCAUCCGGGUCAUUGGUAUUCGGUCGUGGAACAAUGCCCGUUGGUGCCACGUGGGUCCCUUUGCUACGCAACCCGCGGGCCCCAAGCUUUUACUACGUCGGGCUUUCGGGUCUCGGAGUAGGAGGCGUUCGGGUGCCCAUAUCCGAAGAUGUUUUCAGGCUCACCGAAUUAGGCUACGGAGGAGUCGUUAUGGACACUGGCACUGCUGUGACAAGGCUCCCAUCCUCGGCUUACAACCCCUUCCGUGACGCUUUCAUCACGCAAACAGCUAACCUUCCUCGUGCCUCCAAAGUGUCCAUAUUCGAUACGUGUUAUAACUUAUCGGGUUUCGUCUCAGUUCGGGUCCCGACAGUAUCAUUCUAUUUUUCGGGUGGGCCAGUCCUGACCCUACCCGCAAGGAACUUUCUUAUACCUGUUGAUAAUAUGGGAACUUUCUGUUUUGCAUUUGCUCCCUCUGGUUCAGGACUUUCAAUAAUAGGGAACAUCCAACAAGAGGGGAUCCAGAUUUCCUUUGAUGGAGCCAAUGGGUUUGUGGGGUUUGGCCCCAAUGUUUGCUAAGUUCAAUGAUGUAAAUGUAAAGUAAUAGUGAUGAAUUUUGCUAGACAGUUCUUAGAGGUUUUUUUUCUAAGAAAAGAUGUAGUGUUCAAGUAUUGAAUUUGGGGUUUAUGUCAACUGAAAAUCAAUUAAAUAUAUUUAUAUAAUUAUAAA